UCAAAAAUUCAAAAUGUCAUUACAAAAAUAACCAAACGGGGGAAGGUUUUUGUUUAUUUUUCAAAAUAUUUUUAAUAAAAUGUAUGAAACAACAAGGUAGGAUUAUCGUAAUAUCAACGUAGGCAUAAGAUUCAACUCUCAAAAUGUUUGAUUGUUUUACGUAACGCCGGGUAAUCGUUACAAGAGCUUUUAAAGAUGGUUCUGAUAAAUGCUGAGCCAAGAAAUUUUCUUCACUGGCUCGUCAACGUUAAACUUUCCAGGAUAGUCGUAAUGGUACUAGCUAUUUUAAUUCUGACACCUCUAAUAACUCACUUUUAUUUGUCCAAAGUCGAAAGAAAUGUAAGUUCGAUAACACAUAAUGCACAUUCGCAUCUGGACCUGCCAGAAAAUGUAGACGUAAAAGAAAUAGAUCUAAGAGUAGGUGUAGAAGAACUAGUUAGAAUAAGAGGUUCGGUUUUAAGUGAGCUUAGAGAUAUUGAGAAAAAGAGGCAGCAGUUUAAACAAGAACUACAGACAUAUUCUAAGAAUAUAGAAGAACUGAAAACGGAAUUAGCUCACCAUCAAACAAAUUUAAAUAGGCUGAAAAUAUCAGUUGAACAAGCCCAAGUUGCCAUGCACGAAGCCUUAGAACAAAACACUCCAGAUUUAGCCUUACCGAAAAAGUUGACUCCUGAUAGUUUACCGCAUAUUCUCCCACCUAUUCCUCGAAACAGAUCAAGGAAUUGUAGAAUGUUUUCAUGUUUUGAUCAUUCCAGAUGCUCAUUAACAUCAGGAUUUCCAAUCUACCUUUAUGACCCUGAUCAGCAUGCUGUUAUGAAUGAAGGCUGGGAUGUAGAUGGCUUCUUGAAAACUACCUUAAAGCAAGUUCUGGGAUAUAACCCACAUUUGACUCAGAACCCUAAAGAAGCCUGUGUAUUUUUAGUAUUAGUCGGAGAAGCAUUGAAAGACACAGAUGAUGUUACUGAGAAUAUAGGAAAUCAUCUCAAUCUACCACCACUGGACUCUGAAGCUCUGAAACGCUUACCAUACUGGGGUGGAGAUGGAAGAAAUCAUAUUUUAUUAAAUUUGGCUCGAAGGGAUUUGAGUGCUAUUAAUGGAGAUAUUUUUUCUAGCGUUGACACAGGCAGAGCAAUAUUAGUCCAAUCAACUUUUUAUCAUGAUUAUUUCAGACCAAACUUUGACCUAAUUGUCUCACCUGUCUUGGGACCUCCUGGAGGUGAUGUUUGGCACGAAUGUUCCCAUAUGGUACCAAGUCGACGCAAGUAUUUGCUUACAUUUCAAGGCGAAAUGAAAAUUAAUAAAGCCUACAUCACCAAAAAACAAUUAGUUUUUGUUGAUGAGGAACUUGAAAAAGAAAACACCGAGCUAAAUAAUUUUAUAUUAGAACAUUUAAAACAGCUUGCAAACACUCAUACUUCUGACAAGUUUUUGUUUGAUUUCGAGUGUGUACCUGCCAGCGAUGAUAGUAUGAAUAUGGGCCCACAAGACUGGGCUCUUUGUGGUACUGAUAGUAGUAGAAUGUCUGUUCUGAAAGAAUCGACUUUUGCUCUAAUUUUUGCACCUAGUUCUAUUGAAUAUGUAUCUACAACCCUUUUACAAGCUCGGGUGUAUGAGGCUCUAAGAUCAGGUGCAAUUCCAGUGAUUCUUGGUGGCGAUCAAGUAAAACUUGCUUACAGCGAAGUGAUUCAGUGGAAGAGAGUAGCAAUAUUCUUGCCAAAAGCUAGAGUGACAGAGCUUCAUUUUGUUUUAAGAACAAUUCCAGAUGAAGAUAUUCUUCUGUUUAGAAGACAGGGUAGGUUAAUAUGGGAAAGGUACUUAGCUUCGGUACAAAGUACUUUAGAUACUAUAGUAGCUGUGUUAAGAGAUAGGCUUAAUAUACCGCCACUACCGGCAGAUACAGUGGCAGCUGUGAGUGUUUUUAAUGACACUUUUCAACCAAUUUUAGUUCUUGCUACUGGUGAUGUUGAACAAGAAGAGAGCUUGGGACCAUUAGAACCGCCCUAUAAUAGUCCAGCUUAUCGCAGGAAUUAUAGUUUAGGUCUCACUCAAGGGCAUGAAAUGUGGAAUGACUGGGGAGAUCCAUUCAGAUUAUACGCUGCACUUCCCAUGGACCCCAUCCUACCCUCAGACGCCAAAUUCGUCGGAUCUGGACGAGGCUUCCGCCCCAUAGGAAACGGCCAAGGGGGCGCAGGGAAGGAAUUCUCCGAUGCCCUGGGGGGCAAUAACCCCCGAGAACAAUUCACCAUCAUCCUCCUAACCUACGAGCGCGAACAGGUACUCAUAGACUCCAUAGCGCGUCUCCGGGGAUUACCCUACCUUCACUCCGUGGUAGUUAUAUGGAACUCACCGCGUCUGCCCAGUCCAGAACUCCGCUGGCCUGAUAUUGGCGCCCCCGUCCACAUAAUCAAAGCUGCCAGGAACUCCCUAAACAACAGAUUCCUUCCCUUGGAGAAUUUACAGACUGAGGCUGUACUCUCUGUUGAUGACGAUGCACACUUAAGACACGACGAGAUUUUGUUUGGCUUCAGAGUAUGGAGGGAACACAGAGAUCGGAUUGUGGGAUUCCCUGGGAGAUUCCACGCUUGGGACCUCAAUACAAAAAACAGCUGGCUGUAUAAUUCAAACUAUAGCUGUGAAUUAAGUAUGGUGCUCACGGGAGCUGCCUUUUUGCACAGGUACUACUUACAUUUGUACUGGAAAUGGUUACCGCAAGCUAUCAGGGACAAAGUUGAUGAAUACAUGAAUUGCGAAGACAUUGCCAUGAAUUUUUUGGUCAGUCACAUAACCAAAAAACCCCCGGUUAAGGUUACGUCUAGGUGGACGUUCAGAUGUCUGGGAUGUCCUCAGAGUUUGUCCGAGGAUGAUACUCAUUUUCAGGAAAGGCACAAAUGCAUUAAUUUUUUUUCUCAGGUCUUUGGAUAUACGCCUCUUCUAAACACUCAGUAUAGAGCGGAUUCUAUAUUAUUUAAAACGCGGAUACCGCACGACAAACAAAAAUGUUUUAAGUUUAUUUAACGCUACAGUAAUUUAUAAUUUGAGGACUGAAUUGUUUUUUUUACAUGUGUAUUUAUUUUACCGAUGAUUUUUGUUGUUAUAUAUCUGUAUAUAAGCUAAGACAUUUUAUUUAUACAUAACACAAGCGGUCACAAAAUUUAAUAAUUGUGAUAUAACUGUACUGGUGCCAUUUAGAAUAUUUUAAGUUGUAUAGACUAAAAAUAAAUAACAUAAGAGCU